CGUGCCUGAAAUAUAUUACUUCUCAGUUUCAACACACAUGUAUGUGACACAGACACGUGCUGAUAUAUAUUUUAUUACAAAAAUUAAAGCCAUCCAUAAUGGCGACUAUUUCCAGUCGUGUUUUCCGAGGACCACUCCACAAGACAUGUGUAAAAAAAUUGUUCAGAACCCAUCACAGUUCUGAGAAAUUCGGUACUCAAUUUUCGGCAGCUGCGAGUAUUUCGGAGAAAGGAGAAUGCACGAAUGUUACAGACGAUAUCCGUUUCGACGAUUACAGAAAAGCAUUCAGAUCUAUGUCCAGAUUGGAGCUAGCUCGAUCCAUCGCUAUUCUCAGGUUAUGCGCCAACAAUCGCGUAGUAGAUAGCAGCUUACAGCUGAUGAAUACCAGUCGCAAAGUACUUGGCAGGAGACUGUUCGACAAAAUAGCCAAAGGGACAGUGUACGGUCAGUUUGUGGGCGGAGACAGUCCGGAAUCUCUCCGGACGACAGUAGCACGCCUGCACGACACCGGGAUAGGCCCUCUGGUGGCUGUUUCUAUGGAAGAGGAUACAACGGAUGACGUCAUGUAUGGUUCCAGCUUGGUAGAAGCUGACCGGAAGUACAAUCGGAACUUGAAUGCUGUUCUUGAAUGCUUACACGUCAUUUCCGGUCUCAAUGACCCUCAUCCAAUGAUGCAAGUGAAGGUCACAUCUUUACUACCAGCUAAACUUUGCGAGGCGAUAUCCAAACAUGUGCCACACCCUUCCCAGACAGGUCACGUGGUUGAGAAAGUAGCCAAUGCGAUGUUACAUGACGAUAAGAUAACCAUGGAUUUUCUGUCAGAGGAACAGAUGGCCGAGCUACAUAGGGGCUUGUCACGACUUAAGAAAAUCUGUGAGGCUGCUGUUGACAAGGGUGUUAUCGUUAUGGUAGACGCGGAGUAUACAUACUUUAACCCGGCCCUCAACCUUUUAUCUCUGGCUAUGAUGUUGGUGUGUAACAGACAGAAGACAUUGGUUUAUUACACCUACCAGAACUAUCUCCAGGGGAUGGAUGACUAUAUGAAAACAGACAUGACUUACAUACACAGUCAUGGAGUCGGGUUCGGCACUAAACUAGUCCGUGGAGCUUACAUCGACAAGGAGAGGCGUCUCGCCCGAGAGGCAGGGUACCCCGACCCUACAAACCCCUGCCACCAGGCUACGUCAGACACCUACCAUAGAUCCAUGAACGUCAUGCUAGAUAGCAUUGCCAAAAACCCGGAAAGGUCAUCCGCCAUUAUUGCCAGUCACAACGAGACUACUGUGUCUAAAGCUGUCAAAAGGAUUAAAGACUUACAGAUCAAUCCUAAAGGUGGCUCCGUCUUCUUCGGACAGCUGUUUGGGAUGUGUGAACACGUGACAUUCACGCUAAGUGAGAUGAAGAUGCCAGUGUACAAGUCAAUACCGUACGGUUCUGUGGAGGACACACUCGCCUACCUAUCACGGAGAGCGAUGGAGAACCGAUCGGUACUGGAGAGGGCGCAAAGGGAGAAAACUCUCAUGUGGAAAGCCCUAAAGGAACGCUGAAUCCUGAAUCAAGAUAUUUAUAGACAUUCAUGUCUUCAGGUUGGAGGUCCAAAAAUCAGUUUAAAUAGUAAAUGUGACAAAAUUACUGUGCUGCCUUUAAAUUUGAAAGGAAUUUGUAAGAUGUCUCCACAGAACCUUUAAAGAGGAUUCGUGGUUCUAAAUCUGAUCCCGUUCUCAUAACCAACAAUAUUCGUUAUUUGUUGUAUUUAGGUUGUGGUUAUAUGCUAAUGUACAUGUAACACAUAUCAUAAUGUAAUAAUCCAUUGUAAGGCAGGCAUAAUAAACACCAUGAUAUAUUAUAUACACCUGCACAAUACAGAUUAACAGGUAUGUGUUGCCAUUUCUUAAAGUUAAACAUUACUAAACAUAAACCUUUUCAGUUACUAAUGCCUAAGUCACAUUUGCUCUACGGCUAGGAUACGGCGGCCGUAGAUCUCUGAAAUCGAGAGAUACCUGUGGCGACCGCAGAUAAUCUGCGGUGGCCUCACGGUCGCCGUAGGGCGUAUCCAUAUCUUUUACAGGCCGUAGGGGUCGCCGUAGGAUUAUAACCCGGAGUUAUAACCUUUUUCAUUUCUACGUUCGCCGUAGCAAUUAGGCACGCCGUAGCCAUGCCGUAAAUCUGUUCCAC